AUGGAUAAGUGGCUAAUAAAACGCACAUCUAAAGAUCCAGGUGGCGGAAGUCCUAAUAACGCAUCACAAAUCAAAAGAAUUAAACACGUAGUUCUUGACAACAGUGUCGCCUCAACAAUGACAACUACUGUUACGAGUAAUAUAAGUUGUGAAAACAAUGCCGCCACUUCAAGUACUAGUAGUGUUAUUACUAUCGAUGACAGCAGAGCAACAUCUAGUUCCACUACUAUAACUAUUAGUCAUAACAGCGAUGAUUGUAGUUCAAUAGCCACAUCUACCUUACACAUCGAUACAGAAAGUGACGCUUCAACUUCAAUUAAACAAGCAACAGCUACAUCGGAGACAACUGGGAAGCGUCAACGCAUUUUUAAAGAAUCGUACAUCCAGUUUGGUUUUAAAUGUACAGUGUUGAAUUUUGAACAACGUCCACAGUGCGUUAUUUGUUCGGAGGUUUCGGCAAAUGAGAGCAUGAAGCCGGCCAAACUGAAAAGGCACCUAGAAACUAAGCACCCACAAUUAAAGAAUAAAGAUGAAUCUUAUUUUAAACGACUUGCCACCAAACUAACGACACAGCAGGUUGAUUUCCAAAAAUACACAACAGUUAACCAAAAAGCCUUACAAGCAUCUUUCGAGGUUUCCUUUUUGAUUGCCAAAAAUAAAAAACCUCACAACAUUGGCGAGACGCUCAUUUUGCCAGCUGCAAUGAAAAUAGUUUCGAUCAUGCAAGGAGAAAAGUAUGCCAAUGUACUGAAAACAAUUCCACUAUCAAGUGACACUGUUCAUCGUCGUAUCAAUCUACUUGCUGAUGAUAUCAAAAUACAACUUAUAGAUCACGUGAAAGAGAGUCCCUAUUAUGCUAUUCAGCUGGAUGAAAGCACUGAUGUAGCUAAUGUAGCUCAACUUCUGAUAUUUAUCCGAUACCGAUAUGAAAACGACAUAUGCGAAGAUUUGUUAUUUUGUCAGGGAUUAAAAGGAAGAACAACCGGUGAAGCAAUUUUUAAUGCAGUUAAUACCUUUUUUGAACUCCAUGACAUAAAGUGGGAAUAUUGUGUAUCUGUGUGUACAGACGGCGCAGCUGCAUUGACCGGCUCCAAAACAGGAUUCAAAGCAAAAGUAACUGAGAUUGCACCUCACGUAGGCUUUGUUCACUGUAUGAUUCACCGUGAAGCCCUUGCAGCAAAACAUUUGCAACCAGAUGUAAAUAAAGUGUUGGAACAAGUCGUAACAAUAAUAAAUUUUAUUAAAGCUCGCGCAUUAAACAGUCGCCUUUUCAAAAUAAUGUGUCGUGAAAUGGGAUCAGAAUACGAAAAUCUACUGUUACAUACGGAGGUCAGGUGGUUAUCGCGAGGAAAAAUACUCCGACGUGUAUUUGAUCUCAAAGAUGAAAUCAGAAUAUUUCUACUUGAACGGGAACCAAAGCUAGCGGAAUAUUUCUUGAAUGAAAAUUGGCUGGCAACAGUUGGCUAUCUUUCGGAUAUUUUUGAAAAACUUAACGAUUUAAAUCUAUCGUUGCAAGGGAAGAGUACAAAUGUAUUGAUUUUAGCUAACAAAAUAAAAGCUUUUUGUAAGAAAAUAAGUUUGUGGAUAGACGAAAUCAGUGCUGAAAACUACGAGAUGUUUGCAUGUUUGGAGAAAUUUUCUGAAGAAAACAAUAUAAAGCUCGAAGAAGAAAUUAAAACCAAAAUCAUGAUGCAUCUUACAAAUCUUAAGCAAGACUUGGAAAUAAGAUUCCCAGAUACGUCAUACGGCGACCAAUGGAUCAUUAAUCCAUUCACUUGUGAUCUUAACACUGUGAAGAUGAACUUAAAAGAAAAGGAGCAGCUGAUCGAUUUAAUGUCCGAUGAAAGCCUUCGAUCUAUUUUCAAAACCACGGAUCUAUCCAAGUUCUGGAUAAUGACGGAAAAGAAUUAUCCACUGUUAUUCAAAACAUCUCUGCUGAAAUUGCUGCCAUUCGCAUCUACAUACCUUUGCGAGACAGCUUUCUCCACAUUAACUGCUGUAAAAACAAAAUAUCGCUCCAGACUUAACGUAGAACCUGAUUUGAGGGUGCCUGUUUCGGAUAAUAUAUCACCAAGAAUUAAUAUACUGACUGCAAGUGUGCAAUCACAAGGUUCACAUUAGUUUGUAAGGUUACGUAUAUGUACCUCUUUUUUUAAAUAAAAUAUUAAAAUAAUUGCUUGUCUCAUUUAAUGCCAUCAUAAAUAUUACUCGUAUAUUAAAUGCAUAUUUUCUGGUUUGCUCCAAUAUUACUUUCCAAAAUAAAUAAACUAUUUAAUAUAAAUAAUUUACGAAAUAAAAACAACUAACUUCGUUACCUGAACCAACCUUUGCACUUGUUAACUUAGUGAUUUUUUUUUCUGGGGUCGCUCAUAACUCUUUUUUUAAUUUUGGGGUCGCAAUAUCAAAAAGAUUGCGGACCGCUG